AUGGAAUCGACUGGAAUUCGAACUCGGCUCUCCGAUUCCUCACUCCAAGCCGCUAUCCAUUACGUGCCUCCUCCUCUCUCUCUCUCUCUCUCUCUCUCUCUCUCUCUAUCUAUCUAUCUAUCUAUCUAUAAAGAAAUAAUGGAUUCAAAAGACAAAAAAUUCUUUUCUUCUUCUUCUUCUUAUUCACAGCGGGUGGAAAAAAAUGGAUUCAAUGGUUUGAUAGACUUCUUCUUCUUCUUUUCUUCUUCUUCUUCUUCUUCUUCUUUCUUUUCUUCUUCUUCAAAGACAAAAAAAUUAAACUUCUUUAAAAAUAAAAAAAAGGAUUUCCACAAAACCUUCUUCUUCUUCUUCAAGUUGUUUGAUAAAGAAAUGGAUUCAAUGGUUAAAAUUGAAAACUCUUUAACUUCUUCUUUUUCUUCUUCUUCAGAAACAAGAAAAAAAAUCUUCUUCUUCUUCUUUUGGCGGGUGGAAAAAAUGGAAUCAAAGACAAAAAAUUCUUCUUCUUUAAAAAAUGGAUUAUCGACAAAAGAAAAAAAUAUGCCACAAUUUGUUUUCUAA